AUGUCUAGGAGUUGGGUUGGAAGUUCAAGGGAUGCAUCUUUCAGGUUGUCUUCACAAUAUAGACUUGAGGUCGACAAAUUCAUAGAAUAUGCAUUUUCUAGUGCAUCCAUAGGGGAUCAGAUCUUAUGCCCAUGUGUAAAGUGUGUAAAUCAACUGUGGAUGAAUAGAAAUGAAGUGUUAGAACAUUUGAUUUGUGAUGGAAUUUUAUGGAAUUAUACAAAAUGGAUUUUCCAUGGGGAAGGUACAUCAUCACAAUCACAUCACCAUGUUAACUCUAUAAUACAAGGUGAAAGUGAAACAAAUGAUGUUACACACACCAUAUUAGAUGAGCUGCGGGGAAGAAAUACAAAUGAAGAAGUUGAAGAUUGUGAUAUAAAUGAUCGUACCGAUGGGGCAAGUAUAGAGGCAGAUAAAUUUGAGCGAUUGAUUGAAGACACAGGAAAGGAGUUGUAUCCAGGGUGUGUAAAAUUUACAAGAUUGUCCUUCAUUCUUCGUCUUUAUCAUAUAAAGUGCCUCUGUAAAAUGACAGACAAAGCAUUAUCAAUGCUUUUAGACUUAUUACAAGAGGCACUUCCUGAGCCAAAUACGUUGCCAAAGAAUAUAUGCAAAACAAAAAAAAUUAUCAAGGAUUUGGGGCUCAAUUAUAACAAGAUUGAUGUUUGCCGAAAUGAUUGUAUGUUAUAUUGGAAGGAAGCAGACAAAGCCACGUCUUGUUACAAAUGUGGCACAUCAAGAUAUGAAUCUGAGGACAAGAAAAUCCCGGCUAAGACAUUACGGCAUUUUCCUUUGAUCCCAAGAUUGCAAAGGUUGUACAUGUCAUCUAAAACCUCAUUAAAUAUGAGAUGGCAUCACGAUGAUCGUAUAGAUGACCAAAGGCUACGACACCCAGCUGACGGGCAAGCAUGGAAGGCAUUGGAUAAACUGUAUCCCACUUUUAGUAAGGAGCCUCAUAAUAUUAGACUUGGGUUAGCAAGUGAUGGAUUCAACCCAUUUAAGUUGAUGAGCUCAAAGCAUAGCACAUGGCCUGUAUUGGUGAUGCCUUACAAUUUGCCACCAUGGAUGUCCAUUGAUAGAAGAGUUGAAGAAUUAUGGUACAAUGGAGUUGAGACUUAUGCUGCAUAUAAGAAGGAGAAAUUUGUGCUAAAAGCAUGCUUGUUAUGGACCAUUAACGAUUUUCUGGCUUAUGCAGUCCUCUCCGGUUGGAGUACUAAAGGAGCUUUAGCUUGUCCAUGUUGUAACUGCGAGACUUCUUCUCGUUGGCUGAAGUAUGGUAGGAAACACUGUUAUUUAGGCCAUCGUCGAUUCCUUCCCCAAGAUCACAGAUUUCGACGUGAUAAAAGGAAUUUUGAUGGCCAUGAGGAAUAUGGACUCCAGCCAAAGCCAUUAUCGGGGGACAACAUAUUGGAACAGUUGCAAGGUAUUCAAUUUCCCCCAUUUGGAAAAGAAAAUGAUGAAAUAGAAAAUAAUAAAAAGAAUGGGAAGAAGAGGCGAAGGCGGUUAAAACAACCAAAGCUUCCACAUAACUGGAAGAAGAAGAGUAUAUUAUUUGACUUGCCAUAUUGGAAAGAUAAUUUAAUUCGUCACAAUUUAGAUGUGAUGCAUAUUGAGAAGAAUGUUUGUGAAAGUAUCCUUUGUACGUUGUUGGAUCUAAAAGAAAAAUCAAAGGAUAAUGUGAAUGCACGUCUAGAUUUGAGAGAAAUGGAAAUACGACCAGAUCUUCAACCAAAGGUCAUUGAAGGUAAAAAUAAAUUGUUUAUACCUCCGGCAUGCUACACAAUGUCUAUCACUGACAAAGAAUUGUUCUGCACAAUUUUAAGGAGUGUGAAGGUUCCAGAUGGACUUUGCAGUAAUAUUUCACGGUGUGUGCAAGAACGUAACAUUUCAGGAAUGAAGAGCCACGAUUGUCAUAUUAUGAUGCAACAACUUCUUCCGGUUGCAUUGCGUGAUGUUUUGCCAAAACACGUUAGCAUUGUAUUGAUAGAAGUAUGUACCUUUUUUCGGGAUUUGUGUAGUAAAGUUGGAAAGGAGGAGGACUUCAAGAGACUUGGUGAAAGUGUUGUUUUAACACUUUGCAAGCUAGAAAGGCUUUUCCCACCUACAUUCUUUGAUGUUAUGGUACACCUAAUUGUUCAUUUAGCCAAUGAAGCUCGCUUGGCUGGUCCAAUACAAUACCGUUGGAUGUAUCCAAUAGAAAGGUGA